AUGGCUAUGAACAUAUAUUUCGCCCUGGUGCAAGAAACGACGUUUCUGAAUAUCAAAGCUAUGUAUGAAGCGGAAAGACAGAGAAAAUAUGUGACGAUGUGGCGAUUAAAAUGCCUAUGCUUAUUUAUAUGCGGCGUCGGUUUGUUGCAAAUAUACGCGGAUGUAUACAGAAAGCCCGAUAGACUACCCACCGAAACUAAAUUCAUCUUGUUGUGGACUCCAGCAGAUCUAGCACCGUUCUACCUAUUUGGAUCCGGUCAGAAGAAGUUUAUCGAGAAGAACUGCUCGUACGUCAACUGUUUUGUGACGUCUGAUAGAAAUUUACUCGGCGGCGAUAUCACGAAAUUCGACGCGAUCGGUUUCAAUGGACGAUCUAUAGACACCCUGACUAAAUCUCAGCUUCCGCAAAGGAGAUCUGAGCACCAGAAAUUCAUAUACUUCAAUAUGGAAUCGGCAGACAACUAUCCAGUCUGCAAAUCGGAAUACGAUGACUUUUUUAACUGGACGUCGACCUAUAGACUCGAUUCAGACAUUCCCUACCCUUACAUACAAAUUAAGAACUACAAAGGUGAAGUUAUUGGCCCUAAGCCUAAUAUGAAAUGGGAUGAAAAUGCAGGCGUUAUAGAUGAAGAUUUGUUCUUCAAAAUAAAUAAUAAAACUAAGGCCGUUGCUUGGUUCGUAUCUAAUUGUAAGAGUCGAAGUAAGAGAUUGAGUUACGCGAAGGAGCUGCACAAGGCAUUGUACGGGUAUGGCUAUGGAGUGGAUAUUUAUGGGGAAUGUGGACCACAUAAAUGUCCAAGGCACAGGGAGGAUAGUUGCAAUGCUCUCUUGGAGAGAGAUUACUUCUUUUAUUUGUCGUUUGAAAAUUCCUUUUCCGAGGAUUACGUUACGGAGAAACUCUUGACGGCUCUGCAGCAUGAUGUUGUGCCUGUAGUUUUAGGAGGAGCCGAUUAUUCUAGGUUUCUUCCGCCAGGCUCUUACUUAGAUGCUCAAAAGUCAUCACCUGGUGAACUGGCGUCUAUGAUUGUGACUUUAAUUGAGUUUCAAAAGACCUACAGUCAUUAUUUUAGAUGGAAGAGGAUGUAUAGCUAUAGUAACCCAGCAUUAUCAGAUGACGUCUGUGCGUUGUGUGCAGCCCUGAACGAUAAGAAAAUGGUCGACUCUCUUUCGUCGUACAAAAACUUUCGAGAAUGGUGGCAUCCGAAGUAUGAACAGAGAUGUAAAGAAUGA